AAUUUCCAUUUGGAAAGUGAUCCCCACCAUAAAAAGUGGCUGACUAUUGAAGUAGUCUCUUUCUACUGAUACUCAUGCACUACUUCUUGUUUUAGGAGGCACUUCUUGUACCUGCAUGGGGUGUUGCUCCUACAAUUAUCCCUUUUAGCCAGUUGCUGGAAAUCUUCCUGUUUCCAUGCUUCAGUUUUCUUCUGCUGUGUGAAAAACUUGUGCUGAUGUCUUCUGCUGCCUGUAACUUUUCUUCCUCUUGUGUCUACACUUCUUCAUCUCCAGGACUUCUUCCUGUUGGUGUUUCUCUUUCUCUUCAUUUCCUCUUCUCUGAAGUUUCCACCUGGAUAUUUUGCUUCAGUUUGCUGUGCUUUGAGAUGGCUGGCCAGGUGAUUUGGCAGUGCUGCUCCCCAGAUACAAUUCUUGUAUUAAAACCAAUUAUUUUGCGAUUGUACAUCUGUUUAAUGAUGUGGACGAGUGUGCCCUGGGGCUGGAUGACUGCCACCCAGAUGCCAUUUGCCAAAACACCCCCAAGCUGUACAAGUGCACCUGCAAAAUGGGCUACACCGGCGAAGGGAGGAAAUGUGAAGACAUUGAUGAAUGUGACAACGACUUCAAUGGGGGCUGUGUCCACGAGUGUUUCAACAUUCCAGGGAAUUACCGCUGCACUUGCUACGACGGCUUCAUGCUGGCUCACGAUGGCCACAACUGCCUGGACACAGACGAGUGCAUGUUCAACAACGGCGGCUGCCAGCACGUUUGUGUCAACACCGUGGGGAGCUACGAGUGCCGCUGCAAGGAUGGCUUCUUCCUCAGCGACAACCAGCACACCUGCAUCCACCGCUCCGAAGAAGGCAUGAGCUGCAUGAACAAAGACCAUGGCUGUGCCCACAUCUGCAGAGAAACACCCAAAGGAGGAGUUGCCUGUGAAUGCCGACCAGGAUUUGAGCUGUCCAAGAACCAGAGGAGCUGCAUUUUGACGUGCAACCACGGGAACGGGGGCUGCCAGCACACGUGUGACGAUGCUGACAGCGGGCCCGUCUGCGGCUGCCACCCCAAGUACGUCAUGCACCUGGAUGGCAAAACCUGCCUGGAGAGGGAAGAAGCUGUUGAAGUUUCUGAGGGAAACACCACAGCAGCAGCUGAUGUGGACAAGAGAGUGAAGCGACGCUUGCUUAUGGAAACGUGCGCGGUGAACAACGGCGGCUGCGACCGCACCUGCAAGGACACCUCCACCGGAGUGCACUGCAGCUGCCCCGUGGGGUUCACCCUCCAGUUCGAUGGCAAGACCUGCAAAGAUAUUGAUGAAUGCCAGUCCAAUAAUGGAGGCUGUGAUCAUUUCUGUAAAAACACUGUUGGCAGUUUUGAUUGCAGCUGCAGAAAAGGAUUUAAAUUAUUAACAGAUGAGAAAUCCUGUCAAGACAUUGACGAGUGCUCCUUCGAGCGGGCGUGCGACCACACGUGCACCAACCACCCCGGCACCUUCCAGUGCUCCUGCAACAAGGGGUACGCCCUGUACGGCUUCACCCACUGUGCAGAUAUUAAUGAAUGCAGCAUCAACAAUGGUGGUUGCCAGCAGCUGUGUGUGAACACGCUGGGAGAUUAUGAAUGCCUGUGUCAGUCUAACUACAAGCUACACUGGAAUAAAAAGGACUGUGUUGAGACAAAAGAUCCCUUGUCUGACAAUGUGUCACCCAAGGUGUUGCUGCACUGCAUUAAGAGUGGUGGGAGUGAUAGAUGCUUUUUGAGCUGCUCUCCAGAUGUCCAGGUAUUCUCUGGAACACAAGACGCCUACACCCUCACCUGUGGCAGGUCCUCUCAGCUUAAGAAAAAGCAGCAAAAUGCAAAUGCUUCCAGCUGGCUGGAUGCUUCAGCCAUCAAGAUAAGCGUAACCUUUAAAUUAAAUGAAGGAAAAUGUAGUUUGAAAAAGACUGAGAUGUUUCAAGAAGGUCUGGAGCAGAUGAUACCAGAGAGACAAAACUCAGUAAUGGAGAGCUUCCACUAUGUAAACCUAACAUGCAGCUCUGGCAAGAAAGUUCAUGGAGCCCUCAGUAGACUGGCAGCGACUAGAGAGAUUUUUAUCACUGCGGACUUUGAGCUGGAAACGAGCCGGAAGGAGGUGACAGACACGUGCGACGUGCGCUGCGCCCGCAAGAAGACGGAGAAGCGGUUCCGGAAAACCAUCCGCACCCUGCGGAAGACGGUCAGCAGGGACCAGUUCCGCAUCCGCCUCUCGGGCACGGACCACGAGCUGGCCAGGAAGGCCCUCAAGCCCUCAGAGCCACAGCAGUCCUGUGGCGUGGGACAGCUGCACCCGGGGGCCAGAUGUGAUCAGUGCUCCCCUGGGGAAUACUCUCCCGAUGGCUUCAAGCCCUGCCUGCCAUGUCCCCUUGGCACGUACCAGCCUGAGGCUGGCAGAGUGUCCUGCUUUCCCUGUGGAGGAGCUCUCACCACGAGGCACAGCGGGGCUUCCUUCUUUCAGGACUGUGAGACCAAAGUUCAGUGUUCUCCUGGCCAUUUUUACAACACCACAACUCACCGAUGUAUUCGCUGUGCAAUUGGGACAUACCAGCCUGAGUUUGGACAAAAUUACUGCAUUUCCUGCCCUGGAAACACCACUACUGAUUUUGAUGGGUCAACAAACAUAACACAGUGCAAAAACAGGCAGUGUGGAGGGGAGCUGGGAGAUUACACUGGAUAUAUUGAAUCACCCAACUACCCUGGGGACUACCCUGCAAACACCGAGUGCACUUGGAACAUCAACCCACCGCCCAAGCGCCGCAUCCUGAUCGUGGUCCCAGAAAUAUUCCUGCCCAUCGAAGACGAGUGUGGAGACUACCUGGUGAUGAGAAAAAGCUCCUCUUCCAACUCGGUGACCACGUACGAGACCUGCCAGACCUACGAGCGCCCCAUAGCCUUCACUUCCAGGUCCAAGAAACUGUGGAUCCAGUUCAAGUCCAAUGAAGGGAACAGUGCCAAAGGAUUCCAAGUUCCCUAUGUAACCUACGACGAGGAUUACCAAGAGCUAAUAGAAGACAUUGUUCGGGAUGGCAGACUUUAUGCAUCUGAAAAUCAUCAAGAAAUACUUAAGGACAAGAAGCUGAUAAAAGCACUGUUUGACGUGUUGGCACACCCGCAGAACUACUUCAAGUACACAGCCCAAGAGUCCAGAGAGAUGUUCCCAAGAUCCUUCAUUCGGCUGCUGCGCUCCAAAGUUUCCAGAUUUUUGAGGCCUUACAAAUAGUUGGCACUGAACUUAAAGCUAAACCAGCCCUGGGCAUGCACAGAGGGGCUGUGGUAGGUGGGGCUGCUCUCUGUGCUUUACACACUGGCAGAGACACUCCAGGGAAGCUCGCCAGCUCCCUUCUCGGCAGAGUUUGGAUUUCUCAGCUAAUAUAAAUAUUUUGGUGAACAGAAUUUUGAUUCCUUUCCAGAUAAUACCUUUUGGGUACCAAGGGAUACCUCACGGGUCCCUGAAUUGGAGACUGCCCAUGAUUUCUGUAACUGAAGGGUGCCAAGCAGAAGUUUGUAGAGCUCUGCCCCGUUGCUUCAUCAGCACCUGUAAAAGCUCCUGAGGACAGACAGGCUAAGCAGUGUGGUUUGGGAUGAACCCUGGGCUGCCAUUAAUGCAUGUUACCUCAACAAAGCUGGGUUCAUGUUGGGUCUCACUGAAAGUGAGAGCAGGGUGGAUGACUCUCUUAACGUUUGCUACGCAGGAAAUUCAGAGCUAAGGCUGACAUAGUUUUAAUUCAAACCAGUGAGGCCAAGAGCUGCACAAGGUGCACAUUUUCUCUGAACUACACGUGGCAUGAAGCAAAGGGUUGAACUUCAGCUUGAAUGUUCAGGGUCUGGCUCACACGGUGUCUAUGCUAGUGACCCAUUGGCUUACGUGGAGUGAUACCAGAAUAAACUGUGGGCACCACAGCAGUAGGAAACAGGCUCUGACUCAUGGGAAAUUUCCAUUUUGGGCUGUCUGCAGCUGUUAGAGCAGAUCAAAUUAUUUCCUAAAUCCCAGUUUUGUCCCCAUGCACAGGCCUGGGACAGCAAAAGGCAUUUUCCAAGUUGUGUAAAAUUCUGCCCUCUGAGUACCUGCAGGUGGACACAGAAGCCCCAUUUUAAAUGCAGGCUUUGCAUAGAUGAUGCUCUUGGUACAACACUGUUUAAAGCUGAUAAGGUUACUGUAUGAGCCCCAGCUGUCAUAUUCUCUACCUUUUCUGAGCACCUUGCAAUGACCUUGUGGAGCAGAGAAGAGCUGCUUUCCCUGUCUGGCUGGAGAGAAGGAGAGGUACAAUUCAGCCAGACUGUGGCCACAAAAGCUGUCUAUGGCAAAUUGUUCCUCAGGAUCCCCAGGCUGUGUCCUUCUCCUCUGGCUGUGUUUCCUACUGGAGACAAGGCCUGAUAGGGCCUGUAGGGAAACCUGUGCUGAUCAAAAUGUUGUCUCAGUGCUAUUCUGCCCACACCUACAUCUCCUCUGGCCAUACAAUCCAUUCUCUCUGAGCAAUGUACCUUGAGGACCUUCUGCCUUGAAGGGAGAUAGCCACAGUCCCAUCCAUUUGGAAAUGGACUCAGGACUUCUGUCCUUUGGUCACUGGCCAUGCCAAGGGGUGCAGUGGGUACCAAACUCCCUCUCUGUGCCAUCUUAGGAGCAGUGCUUACAUUUCACAGGGUAGCCAGGAGCAGUGCUCCCUUUCCCAGGAUGUGGAGUGAGUUUCCCUGCCUUGGCACGUGGUAUUGAAUUGCUGAACGUGAAUAACACCAGUCCACAGUGUGACAGCAGGAGCUGGGCUCUGAAUCUCUGAGCAAAUGGGUGCUCCUGACUCAGCCUUGCUGAGCUGCUGUGCCACGCUGCGUGUGGGGCAAGGACACAUCCUGGCCGUGGUGUGACAGGGAGGGACAAUGGCUUUGGCCACAGCUGGGGAGCAGAGCCCCUCUUGCUGCUGGGGAGGAGUUGCCUCAGCCUGGCCAGAGGUGGGAAAUGGUUUGUGCUGCUGCCAGGAGGGAGAGCUGUGUCCCCCUGCUGCACUGGGGCACGGCUGGGCAGGGCAGGGAGUGCCCACCCCAGGAACAGGGCUGCUGCAGGAGCAGCGAGGCACAGGGAGAGCUGGCAGGGCAGAGGAGGAGGAACACACUCCUCAUGUGUUCCUGCAGCUGUGCUGCAUCCCAAACAGGGUCCUGCUGCUGCCUCUGGGGGACAGAGGACAGGGACACCUGGCAGAGGGAGGGGAAUGGCUGAGGAAGGCCAGAACAGGAGGAGGGGUGGUGAGAGGCUUUGCUGCCUCCCUGCUGGAGUGUACUGCUGUGCAGAGAGCCAGGAAAGCAUUCCCAGAGGGUUUCCCUUUGGCUGCACAGCCCCUAGCCCACGCUGUUGGAGGCUCCCUGUGCCAGAAGCAGCGUGCCAGCGAGCCACAGCCACCUCUGUGUGGCACUGGAGCACUCUGGAGUGGCCAGGGUGCUGCAGUCCUGCUCUGUGGUGGGUGGGCACUGUGGGCAGGGGCCAUGCUGUGCCAGGUUCUGGGCCAAGCCCAGCAGAGGGGCUUUGCUGAGGGCUGCCAGGGAAAACAGGGCAGUUCUUGGAGUGCUCCCUGCCAGGGAGGCUGCAGGGGUGAGCAGCCCUGCCCUGUGCUGCUGGGGGACACACAGCAGUGGUUGGUUUCAACCAGGGCUCGAGGAAGCCAAAGUUGUGAAACAUCCCAAUGUUUCUAAUGGGUGAAACUGGGCUGUGCUGCUCUGUGUGUGAGUUACUGAUCUGGGUUUGUCACACUGCAGCUCCCCUCCUAGUCCUGCUCUGCACAGCUCUGCAGAGCUGCCUGGGACCCACAGGGAUCUCAGCCUUGCUUCUCCUGCCCCACCAGCACAGGCCAUUUUCACUGCUGGGAGGAGAGGAGUGUGCCUGCUCUGAGGCUGAGGAGACAGCCUGCCCUUCCUCAGAGGAGAAUCCUCACUGUUCCACAGCCCUGCUCAUUUCCUACUUACAUAGCAAAUGACUCAGAAGCACUUCUGUUACCCUUGACCUGACAUUGUGGAUCAAAAUUUCCCAUUUUACUGUAAUUCCUGUGUGUACAGGAAAAAGUGAAGAGGGAAUUUUUGCUGCCUUGAAUGCUGGGAGGAGUGAUAACUCGCAGAAUGUUGUAAACACUUGGCAUUGUAUCUUCAUAGUGAUGGUAGUGGCUCUGUAGAAAUUUCGAUUUCUACUUUCUGUGUGAUUGUAGACUGAUGAUGUGUUUUGGCAACAAAUGACUCAAAAAUGUUUAACCUUAUAAAACAAGAUGGAAUUUUUGGAAUAAUGGUUAGCGCUAACUGGAUGACUCAGUGUCACCUGUGUGAGAUAAACAUAAGGAUCUGUUUGAUGAUUGUAAAUUAAUGUAAAAUAUUUCAGACUGUUAUUCUUGAUAAGAGAAAUAAACCAGUGAACUUUUAGCUGCA